CGAGGACCGUGGCCAAAGCCAGGAAGGCGCUGCGCAGACUGGUAAAGGCGUCUUGUUUUACCUGACUGAGCACCCAGUGAGGUCACUGCAUCAGCUGGAGGCAGACGAUGCGCUGUCGCCCAAGUGGAGCACAGAUGGGCAGCGGUUGCGUCUUGAAGUACCAUCAGCUGUAACCAAGGUUCCUGAUCCCAAAAAGACAGUCCAGCGUUCCGGAUCCCCAGAACCCAAGACCAUGGAGCUCUCGGACAGUGACCGACCUGUCAGCUUUGGCUCUACCUCAUCCUCUGCCUCUUCCAGGGACAGCCACGGUUCCUUCGGGAGCAGAAUGACCUUGGUUUCAAACAGCCACCUGGGCUUGUUUCACCAGGACAAGGAAGCAGGGGCCAUAAAACUGGAGCUGGUUCCAGCCCAGCCGUUUUCCAGCAGCGAGCUCAAGAGGGACAGCCCCGCAGGGCUACAGAACAGGGACCAUGGCAGUGAGAUGCAGCCCACGGCCCCUUGGGGCACAGAUGCAAAUGGGGCACCCAACACAACUGCAAGCUCAACCGCUAGUCCCAAGCUUCUCUAUGUGGAUAGAGUUGUGCAGGAAAUUCUGGAGACUGAGAGGACUUAUGUGCAAGAUUUAAAAAGCAUCGUGGAGGAUUACCUAGACUGUAUCAGGGAUCAAACAAAACUUCCCCUGGAGACUGAAGAUAGAUCUGCCCUUUUUGGAAACAUACAAGAUAUCUACCACUUCAAUAGUGAACUGCUACAAGAUUUGGAAAACUGUGAAAAUGACCCAGUGGCCAUAGCAGAAUGUUUUGUGUCCAAGAGUGAAGAGUUCCACAUUUACACACAGUAUUGCACAAACUACCCGAGGUCAGUGGCUGUACUCACCGAGUGCAUGAGGAACAAGGUACUGGCCAAGUUCUUCCGGGAACGUCAGGAAACGCUGAAACACUCGCUGCCCCUGGGAUCCUACCUCCUGAAGCCUGUUCAGCGGAUCCUCAAGUAUCAUCUCCUCUUGCAUGAAAUAGAAAAUCACCUUGACAAGGACACAGAUGGUUACGACGUGGUGCUCGAUGCCAUAGACACAAUGCAGCGCGUGGCCUGGCACAUCAACGACAUGAAACGGAAGCACGAGCAUGCGGUGCGGCUGCAGGAGAUACAGAGCUUGCUCACUAACUGGAAGGGGCCAGACCUGACCAGCUACGGGGAACUGGUGCUGGAAGGGACUUUCCGGCUGCAGCGGGCCAAGAAUGAGCGCACACUCUUCCUCCUGGACAAGCUGCUGCUCAUCACGAAGAAGAGGGAUGACACGUUCACGUACAAAGCUCACAUCCUGUGUGGCAACCUCAUGCUCGUGGAGGUGAUACCCAAGGAGCCACUCAGCUUCAGUGUCUUCCACUACAAGAACCCCAAGGUGCAGCACACAGUUCAGGCUAAAUCCCAGCAGGACAAACGCCUCUGGGUUUUGCACCUGAAGAGGCUGAUCCUGGAGAACCACGCAGCCAAGAUUCCAGCCAAGGCCAAGCAAGCAAUACUUGAAAUGGACGCCAUGCACCAUCCAGGCUUCUGUUACAGCCCUGAGGGCGAGACCAAAGCAUUCUGCGGCUCAAAAGAAGGUUCUGCGCCCCAUCGGCUGAGAAGAAAGUCUGAACCUUCCUCAAGAUCACAUAAAGUUUUGAAGACAAGUGAAACAGCACAAGACAUCCGAAAGGUUUCUAGAGAGGAAGGCACUGCCCAGCGGACUUCUGUAGGGCCUUCUCCAGCCCAGAGGAAUAGUCAGCCCAGCAGUUCCGCCAUCCUCAGCGCGCUUCACGGGGAUGGCGCCAUCAGAAACAUCUGGACUGAUCACCAGAUUCGGCAGGCCUUGUUCCCCAGCCGCCGGACCCCGCAGGAGAACGAUGAUGAUGAAGACGACUACCAGAUGUUUGUGCCGUCCUUUUCCUCUUCAGAUUUGAAUUCGGUCAGGCUGUGUGAAGAGAACAGCACUUCGAGCCGCCCUUGCAGCUGGCACAUGGGGCAGAUUGAGUCCACAGAGACCUCAGGCACUGUCCACAGGAUUGUCCGACGGGCCAGCAGUGCUGGUGAGAGCAACACCUGCCCUCCUGAAAUAAGAGUUAGGGACAGCAGCGGCUCUCAGUACAGCCCCCGGAGGGAACUGCAGAAUGGCCCUCACACGGAAGGGCAGGACAGGGUGACUCCUUUUGGGUCAGCUGUGGAGUUGACGAUUGAUGACAUAGACCAUGUCUACGAUAACAUAAGUUACGAAGACUUGAAGCUGAUGGUUGCUAAACGGGAAGAAGCUCAAUCUACUCCCCUCAAAUCAGCCAGGGAUUCCGUUCGCCCCAAAAGCACCCCAGAGCUCACCUUCUCAAAGAGGCAAACUGGCCACAGCACAGGUCCUCUACACUCGAGGAGACAUGGAGAGCUCGGCAGCCAGGGGGUGUCUAACCAAAGUGUGCAGGAGCUCCAGGAGGAGGAAGAAAACAUCUAUGACACCAUACGGCUCCCAGACCCACCGUCCCUGGAUUUCAAGUGCAGCAGCCUAAAGCGGCCCAAAAGGAGCACCUUCCUGGGUCUGGAGGCUGACUUUGCCUGCUGUGACAGCCUCAGGCCGUUUGUGUCCCAGGAUAGCCUCCAGCUGAGCGAGGAGGAUGGGCCUUACCAUCAGGGGCCUCCAGAUAGUGACUAUUUGAGCUUGCUGUAUAACUCUUCAGAUAAGUCCCUGUCUGAUAAGCUGUCUGAGGAGGUCGAUGAAAUCUGGAAUGACCUCGAAAAUUACAUCAAGAAAAACGAAGACAAAGCUAGAGACCGUCUCCUGGCAGCGUUUCCCGUGAGCAAAGAUGACGUGCCCAGCCGGCUGCAUGCUGAGAGCGCCCCGGAGCUGAGCCGGGACGCAGGGCCCACCACGUCCACACUCUCCCUUCCCGAGAGUCAGGCUUUCCGCACACCAGUGAAGAGCAGGGUCGUCAGGCCUGGCCAGACCACCUGCCCAGCGGAGGAAGACCUGAUUUCCGCAGAAGGCUCCUUUCUGAGCUUCAGCCGCCUCUCUGUGGCCAGCGAGAUGCCCCAUGUGGACAAUCCCUAUGAUCUGGUCCACAGCAGCCUGCCCCCCACAGACCCAGAGAACCCUGACCCUGGUGUGGAUGGUCCAGAUAAGACCAAAAGCCGGGUCUUCAUGAUGGCGAGACAGUACAGUCAGAAGAUCAAGAAGGCAAAUCAGCUUUUGAAAGUGAGGAGUCCGGAGUUGGAGCAGCAGCCAGCCAGUCAGCAUCCUAAACCCACACCCAAGGACCUGGCAGCCAUCCUAGAAGAGAAGAGGCAAGGAGGCCCAGCCAUUGGUGCCAGAAUUGCUGAGUAUUCCCAGCUCUAUGACCAGAUUGUGUUCAGGGAGACACCUCCUAAAAUUAAGAAGAACAGCUGGGCCAGUGUGCAGGAACCCGCCCACCUUAGGGCCACGUCGCCUUCCCAGACACACCAUGGCAGUGAGGAGUGGCUUUGGCAUUCGACCUACAGUAACGGAGAGUUAGCAGAUUUCUGCCCCCCGCCAGAGCAAGACUUGAAGUCAAAAUAUCCCACUUUAGAAACGAGUACAAAAAGUCCUCCUAGACACCUGUCUGCAGCUUGCUCCGUGCCUUCUCUGCAAGUGUGUGACAAUCUGAUAGGCUCCACACAGAGGUGCAGUGUGGUAGUGAGUCAGCCCCACAAAGAGAACUCCUGUCAGGGCCACCUUUACAGCUCACUGGGUCGCAAAGGCGUGAGUGCUAAGGCUCAGCCCUACAACAGGUCCCAGUCUUCAUCUUCCAUUUUGAUCAACAAGUCACUGGACUCCAUCACCUACCCCAGUGAGGUGGGCAAGCCGCAGCCAUCGCCUGUGCAUCAGGGCUCCAGGAGUGGGAGCCACCAGGAUUUGGUGCCAGGUGUUGCUGACCCAGGUCAUCAGGGCCCUGAAAAGCACUCCGAUCUCACACUCCAAGACUCACAAAAAGUUCUGGUAGUAAAUCGAAAUUUACCCUUAAAUGCCCAAAUAGCGACACAGAACUAUUUUUCCAAUUUCAAAGAGACUGAAGGAGAUGAAGAUGACUACGUGGAAAUCAAGUCAGAGGAAGAUGAGGUGGAGCUGGAGCUGCCUCAGAGUCACAGAAGGAAAUCUGACUCCAAGACCAUGGACGCUGACUUUUCUAACAGCGCCUGCAGCAGCCACACAUCUUACACUCUGAAUACUCCAUGCACUCCAAAGGAGCCAAGAAACAGCAAGCUUGGGCUUUCACCAUAUCUGACGACAUAUAAUGACUCUGACAAACUGAAUGACUAUCUCUGGCGGGGGCCAUCACCUAGUCAACAAAAUAUUGUCCAGUCUCUAAGGGAAAAAUUUCAGUGUCUCAGUUCAAGCAGUUUUGCCUAAAGUUCUUAACAGUGGCUGCCUGAAUUAACUACUUCUUGUGCUCAUAAAUUACAGAUACUGUACUGAGGAGGUGUUUUAUUUGUCCCAGGUUAAAACGAUUUUGUGAUAACAGGAGGUAUAAAAUGUACUUUCUUUUAAAGCACAGCUUUUUGAACCAGCUGGUCAUACAGCCAGGAUUGUAGCAAAUGUCAGCCUCUAACAGCAUCUUUUUGAUGUCAGUUGUCUUCAUGUUAUGUACAUAAGUCAAUCUUACUUGAAAUUUUUUAGACUUUUUUAAAUGUGACGACCAUAUUUUUUUCCAUAUCCUGACAAUAGUGCCCAUACUUCAAGAAAUACAGUAAUCCUCUUGUAUUAUCCAGAAGUCCCAAGUAGUUUUAUCCUGCAAUUCAGAGACAGCAAGGAGACCCUCUUCACGUGUUUUAAAAGAAAGAAAACUAACGCUGUUUAAUGAAUUGUGCUUAUAUCUGACAUUUCUGUUAAUUUGUGGCAAGACCCUGGGAUGAUUUAUGCCAGAGAUCUCUAAUUGGGUGUAAUCUCAGUGCCUGUUUUAGGAUUUUUCUGCUGGUAUUCCUAUGUCAUUUCAUUUCAGUGUAGAAAUUGUGUGACUAGGGAAAAUUAAAAUGUAGCAGGACCAAUUUGCCGUAAGCAAAAAUUUUACCUGACAGGGCCUGGAUUGUGUGCUGCGUAUCAUUGUUUAUAUGAUUUGUGGGGUGAAAUGAACUGUUUCCUUCAUGGCUUAAUGAAAACCAAGAGCAAUAAAAUGCAAAUUGAGUUAACCACUAGAGAAGACAGAAUAACUUCUGGGAACAACUUAAUUAUCAUAUUACAGUUAAAAAGGAGGGGGGUGACAAACCAAAUCACUUCACUAUACCCUUAUGUGUGUCCAUCUCUAACAAACAUCAAGUAAACCAGAAACUAAAGAAGGACAAAGCACUUUAAAGUUACCCUUUCCAGAGCAGUUUCUCAUAUGCACCUUCCUGAGUAUUUAAACUCUGCCAAUGAACCUACUAGGGAAUUACUGGCCGUGGGAAUGAAGAAAGAACUUAUUUUCUAAAAAAUACAUAAUGAGAGCCUUUUUUCCAUUGUUUAGAGGCAUAUUAGAGAAUAGGGUUUGGUUACUAGGUUCUGACUAAGAACAUUUCUAUGUUGUCAUUAUAGUCUUUAUAAAGCAUUUCUUUGUGAUGUUAUAUAUUAACCUAGCUCCUUAUGGAAGGAAAUAGAAGACCAAAAGGAAAACAUUGUGAGUAAGAAGCAAAUUCAAAGAAGCUAAAGAGAAAAAUGAAGGCAGAUUUUGCCACUUUAUAAAAAUAUUCUAUUAAAGUCUGCAUUAGUACGUGAAGAAUAUUUUCUCACAGUGCCCUUUAUAUUCUCAUUUUAAGCAGUUGUACAUUGUGGCCCUUCCUCAUACUCUCAUUUCCAUUUUACUUUCUUUUCUCUUUAUUCUAAUUAAAAGUCCAUUAAAACAACCAGUUUCCAUCUUUAAAACUACGAUAAUCUGUGUAGAGAAAGGAGACCAGGAUUUUCAUUGACAGGUAAGCAAUAAUAUUGAAUCUGUAACAUCUUCCAUAAUCUUUUCCCUCUUUUUAAACUCUAUGCCUCUUUUUCUUACCUGUAAAACAUAAAAUGUAACUAUAUUUUACAAAUAGGUACUUCAGGCAGUUUUCACUUUGAAUAACAAAACAGAACCCAAAUUUCUUGUUCUCCGAACUAAUCUCUCUUCUAGUAACUCAUAAAGACAGAGGCUGAAGAUGUAGCUCAGUGGUGAGCACUUGCCUGACACACCCAAGGCCCUGGCAUCCAUAUUAAAUAGAACGGCUCUGGAAGCAUAGCUCCUUUUAUUGCUUUUAUUUAAAUGUGGUAUGAGUUUUCAGUAUUAAGCAGCAUCAGAAAAGACAGGCACCAUGAGAAAGUAUGUUCUUAGACUUGCUAGAGGUGUAUGUACAUGCAUUUGUAUGACCUAUUAAACAAAACUACCUGACUCUUGUCCGGGCAGGCAGUUUCCAUUUUCAUUUUUUGGUCUGUAUUACCCAAAUUCUACAUAGUUGAUAUUACUGUUGUGUCUGAGUCUCGGAAAGUACCAAUUCUUCACACCAGUGUCUCCUUGUACAAACUUUGGUGUCAUCCAUAGGGAUGUGGCCCCCUGCACAAACUCUGUGUGGUCCUUCAGGUUCUAGGACAAAUCUGCAGUUUUCCAGAUCACUUGUGUGGGCCAGGAUGCAGAUUUUGAGAGCUGUGUGUACAUAAAAUCAUGUUUGUAUGUUUCCUCAGCUAUCAUUUAAACACUUUUCUUUAAAUAAGUUUCUUUUGGAGGUGGGAUAGGGAUGUAUAUAAUUGAUGGAGAAAGUUAUAUGUACUUAAAAGUUCUUACUGGGUUCCUGUGUGAAAAUAUCAAUUUUUUUUUUACAUACUUAUUCUUUGUGGGAAAAUGCAUCUGGGAAGUGUAGUUUAAAUACUGUAUAUAAGAUCAUGAAUGUUAGUAGUACCCAUUAUUUAAUAAAGUUUGUAAAGUGCAAAGUAAAUUAUAGUGUGGUUUAAUGUGUUCAAUCGAGAACAUCAAGAUUUCCAAACUAUGCUUAGCUAUAUCAGGUUGUCUCGCCUAUUGUGCAGAAAAUGGUUCAGGGUAAUGACGAUACACUAUUUCCAGUGGCCCCUGACAG